CUGGAGAGCUGGCGACCGAACGCUACCCGAGGCGAUGGACGACCGAGCGGAGACGCAACGAAUCGAGGAGCGGCUCCCGCAGGGAACCGACGAAUGGCUCGCGAGACCUCGGCUGUCGACGACUUCGCGAGGAACGAUCACGCCGGUGGUGAUACUGCAGCCGCUGUCCGCGCCGGUCGGCGACGUGGUGAUGUACACCGGGCCGUUGCAGCCGAUCGGCUGGCAGCUCCACGGGAUAGGCAGGGAGUUCGGCGGCGGGACACAACCGGCGCGAUCACACAAGACAAGCGCAGGGUCGACGUCGGGCCGACGCGAGCAAGCAAGUCGAGGCGGAUGGAUCGGCGCCUCACCCACUGGCAGUGCAUCUACUGCCGGCGCGAGACGCGGAACGAUGCACGGGCGACGAGUUGCUGGAACUGUGGUGGCGAGAAGGAGCAGCUCCGAGAUGCGGACAGUGAAGGGCGCGAGGCGGCACGCCGCAGGCAACGUGCGAAGGAGUACGCUGGCAGAUCGCUGAACGCCCUCGGUGCUGGCACGUCGCUGGUGCCGCGAGCCGCGCAGGGAGUGUUCGAGCGGGCGCG